GCUGUCUUGAGAAGUGGGAUAUUUCGGUUUUCUUCAGUAGCGUAGAUAACUUAAAACCGUUUUAAACUUAAGAAAAAUAGUUACGAGUAAGAAAAUCUCUAUUUUCUUGGCACUUUUCCAAUUUUCCCGUUAUUUCAUUGGUUUGUGAUGAAUCAUUGAGUUUUCGUAUUUCCCGGCAAGUUGUUUAUGUUGUUGUUAACCUUUCUGUCAUUGGACACGUGUCAGAGACAAUUAUGGCAGAAAAAAACCACAUUCCAAAUUGUUCAGUUGCAAUAGACUCUUCAGAUGCUGAAGAUUAUCUUCAAGAUGGAUUGUCUGCUAAAGAAAUGAUUGAAAGAGGAGAUGGGUUAACAUACAAUGACUUCAUAAUAUUGCCAGGGUUUAUUGAUUUUUCUCCAGAUGAAGUGGAUCUAGAAUGUAAACUCACAAAAAAAAUUACUUUAAAAGCUCCUUUGGUUUCCUCUCCCAUGGAUACUGUAACAGAAGCUGAUAUGGCUAUUGCUAUGGCUCUUUGUGGUGGUAUAGGAAUCAUUCAUCACAACUGCCUUCCAACCUACCAAGCGAAUGAAGUCCUAAAAGUAAAAAAAUAUAAACAUGGUUUCAUUCAUGAUCCGGUAGUACUUAGUCCCAGCCAUACAGUAGCUGAUGUCAUAGGUGUAAAGAAUGAGCAUGGUUUCUGUGGCAUACCAAUAACAGAAAAUGGUAAACUUGGUGGACGCCUUGUGGGGAUUGUCACUAGUCGUGACAUAGAUUUUCUGACAGGUGACAUGUCUGCUAUCAAACUGGAAACUGUUAUGACUAAGUUGUCAGAUCUUGUCACUGCUAAAUCUGGAGUAACUCUGUCUGUUGCGAAUAAUAUUCUAGAAACAAGCAAGAAGGGCAAGUUGCCUAUUGUCAAUGCUCAGGGUAAUCUGAUAGCUCUGAUGGCGAGAACUGAUUUAAAGAAGGCCAAAAGCUACCCUUUGUCUUCUAAAGAUGACAAUAAGCAGUUAAUUGUUGGAGCUGCUAUUGGAACAAGGGAAGAUGAUAAACAUAGAUUAGCACUUCUAGCUCAGGCUGGUGUUGAUGUUGUUGUACUAGAUUCUUCACAAGGCAACUCAAUCUAUCAGGUUGAAAUGAUCAAGUAUAUUAAAGCAAAGUAUCCCAAUUUGCAGAUUAUAGCAGGAAAUGUUGUAACCAAAAGACAAGCAAAAACCUUGAUUGAAGCUGGAGCUGAUGCCUUAAGGGUAGGUAUGGGCAGUGGCAGCAUUUGUAUAACCCAAGAGGUGAUGGCUGUAGGCAGACCUCAGGCUACAGCAGUAUACAAAGUCGCGGAAUUUGCUAGAAAACAUCAAGUUCCUGUUAUCGCUGAUGGUGGCAUACAGUCUAUUGGGCAUAUCAUUAAAGCUUUAUCACUUGGAGCCUCUACUGUUAUGAUGGGUUCUCUUCUUGCUGGUACAUCUGAAGCACCAGGUGAGUACUUUUUCUCUGAUGGAGUGAGGCUAAAGAAAUAUAGAGGCAUGGGCAGCUUGGAAGCUAUGGAUAGAAAAGAUGCUACUGGUUCAGCAAUGAAUAGAUAUUUCCAUUCUGAUGUAGAUAAACUGAAAGUGGCACAGGGAGUCAGUGGUAGUAUUGUAGACAAGGGAUCUGUAUUGAAGUUUGUUCCUUAUUUGCAAUGUGGGAUCAGGCAUGGGUUUCAGGAUGUUGGUGUGAGGUCACUUAACCAGUUAAGGGAUAAAAUGUGCUCAGGUGAUGUAAGAUUUGAAUUAAGAUCACACUCGGCCCAACUGGAGGGUAAUGUGCAUAGUCUAUUCUCUUAUGAGAAAAAAUUAUUUUAAAUUUGACAAAAAGGAAUAUACUUGGGAAAUAUUUUUCCUAUGGAUGUUAUGAGAUAUUUGUAAUAUCUUUAAGUUCUCAAUAAUAUUCUUUUUAUUUAAAUUUACUAUAACAGAACUGUUUUUUUAAUCUGGGAUUUAUAAUUGUUUAUUUUAAAAUGUACUUGCUGUGAUUCAUUUACAAUAAGAUAAAAAAUAUGUAUUAAAACCAGUACUUACUUAGUUAAUCUAAUCUUCGUGUCUAAAGUUUAAAAGUAAAGAAUUAUGUGUACUAAUUAUAAGACCGAUCUUGCUGCAUAUGUACUUAACACUGAAUAAUAUGAUAAUUAUAUACAAUUUAAAUAUCUCAAGGGCCAAGACGUCACCUAUACAUGACAAAUAUUUUUGAUCCCCCUUUUAAAUUUCUCCUGUUUGCAGAUAUUUUAUUAUAAAUAUGCAAAUUUAUCAGUAUUAGUUUUAAUGCCAUAAAGGCAACUCAUAAUCAAAAUUUUAAGAAGUACAAAGUAUAUUUUUGAUUAUUUUUAGUCCAAAAUUUAUCAAAGGCCUUCACAAGUAGUAAAGUCAUGUAAAUGAGAUUAAUCCAAGUCUCAAGGGCAGUAUAAACUCUUCAUGGUGAAAAUAUUAAUGCUUAUGUAACGGUCACUUUUUUUGGAAUUUUAGUAAUUCUUGGUUUUUAUUGCUUAGUAUAGCGGAAACUGUAUUUACUUAUAUGUACACGAAAUAUAAAUACAUAUUAGAUUAGAUGUGGCUGAUUAGUUAUCCUUUUAUUUUGUAUUAAUGUUUUUUUUUAUAUUUUGACUUUGUUUUUAUUGAAUAAAUAAAGCGCUUACAGUGAA